UUAUUUACAUCAAUCCAGAAUAUUCCCUCAUGCCUGUCAAAUUUGGAUUGUUGUUUGUUUACGUUUGAAGUGUCAAAUUCUAUUGUUUAUUCCAAAUAUUUCUUGCGUUUUCUUGUUGUGUUUUAUUUUGCCAUGGGACCUUGCGGUAAAUAUGGCAUCCAGAUCCGCCCAGAGGACGGUUGGGUUGAUAUUGGCGAUGGCUUCCAGGUGCGUGCCAUUCGGGAAUAUAGCAACCCAAAUCAGGCACCGCCGAUGGACAGGUCCGACCUGCUCGCCCUAGUGGUGGACAAAACUAACCUAGACGAAGGCGUUCCGUUGACGUUCAGCAAUCCGGUGUACGGACACACCCGGCGUGAGUUGUACCAGCACCAGUGCCACUACUGCCCGCGUACUUACACGACCUUCGAAUUCAACCAGAUGAGGAAGCACUUGCAAGGCCAUGCCAAGAUCGGUUGCGGUUAUUGUGACGCCCGGUUCCACACCAUCCAGCAGUGUGUCUGGCACCGGCUUCGGGUUCACGACGUUGGGUCACUCAGCACCAAGCCGUUGGGGUUCCUCUACAUCUGCAAGUGCUGCCAUCUGGGCCUGUCGACGGAAGAAAGAAUGUACGAUCACUUGAAGAAGUGCCAUCUGGACUACAUCCGAAAAGAGUUCCCAAAGUCGUUGGCCUUCUUGGACGAGGAUCGCCCGAACCCGGACGACACUCCGCGGUAUUUCUGCAAGUCGUGCGAUCUGACCAUAGCGGAAACCGUCCACAUUGAGGCCCAUCGCGCGUGGCACAGGCAAAAACCACGUGCGGAACCGCACUUUCGGUGUCCGUGCUGUCCGGAGGAUUUCACCACCCAAAAGCUGUACGCCCAGCACCUGAUCAAACACGUCGAGGAGCAACCGGACAAGGGAAAGGUUGGCGAUCGGUUCGUUUGUCCGUACUGCAAGCGAGACUAUGCCUAUUUUUACAAGGUGAAGAACCACAUAACCAAGAAACACGCCGUGCUGAAUCCGCACCGUUGCCAGUUCUGUCCGUGCGAGUUUCCGAACGGGGAAAUCCACCGGGAGCAUAACUUGACCUGUCAUGGAGUGGUUCGACGUGGCGCGUAAGGAGAAAGUUGAUGUUGUUUAUUUUCUUGUUUAUUUCUAUACUGGUUUAUAUUUGAGUUUUUGUUUUGCUUAUUGAAAUAAAGGGAUUUGGGAUU